ACCCACCCCAAAAUGGAAGCUUUAAUUGCCCAGAUGCCAAUGGCGAAGUAUGCUCUACAUGUCUCUCUCUAGCCUCUAGCCUCCACCCAAGAUUCGCCCUCUCCUUUCGCUCCCAUGGACGGUGGCUGGGUGUGGGUGCGCUGGCCGCCGGUCGACGAGGAGGAGGAGGAGCGGCCGCUGAAGGUGGCGUUCGACUCCCCGGCCGAGCACUUCACGGACGCGGCGCCCAUCGGGAACGGCAGCCUCGGCGCCAUGGUUUGGGGGGGCGUCGCCUCCGAGAAGCUCCAGCUCAAUCAUGAUACCCUUUGGACCGGCGUGCCUGGAAAUUACACUGACCCGAACGCGCCAUAUGCCCUCGCUGUAAUCAGGAAGCUCGUUGAUGGAGGGAAGUUUGUUGAUGCUACGGAGGCUGCAUCUGGCCUCUUCGGUGGUCCAACAGAGGUCUAUCAACCACUUGGAGACAUAAAUCUGGAGUUCGACUCAUCUAAUCAGGGGUAUACUUCUUACAAAAGAGAGCUAGAUUUACAUACUGCAACUGUGUACGUAACCUACAAUAUUGGGGAAGUUCAGUACAGUAGGGAGCACUUCUGCUCCAAUCCACACCAGGUUGUUGCCACCAAGAUCUCUGCUAACAAAUCAGGACAAGUCUCCUUGACAUUAUCCCUAAACAGUCUAUUAGAGCACAGUGUUCGUAUAACAAAUAAAAAUGAGAUGAUUAUGGAAGGUACCUGUCCAGGGCAAAGACCUGCAUUUCGUCACCACAAGGCCAAUGAUGCUAUUGGAAUCAAGUUUGCAGCUGUUGUUGGGCUACAGAUUGGUGGCACUUCUGCAAAAGUCACCGUUAUUGACAACCAAAAACUAAGAAUUGAUACAGCAGACUGGGUUGUUUUACUGGUUACAGCUGCUUCCUCAUUCGAUGGGCCUUUCGUGAGUCCUUCAGAGUCAAAACUAAACCCUGAAUUAUCUGCUCUAAGGACAUUGAAUAUCAGCAGGAAUACCACAUUUGCUCAGCUCAAAGCUGCUCAUUUGGAAGAUUAUCAGGGUCUUUUUCACCGUGUAACACUGGAAUUAUCACAAGAACCGAUGCUUGAUAAAGCAAUCUUGGAAGAAGCUGGUCAGGACAAAAAGACUACAGCAGAAAGAAUUAAUUCCUUUAGAAGCGAUGAGGAUCCUUCUUUGGUUGAAUUAUUGUUUCAGUAUGGUCGGUACCUGCUCAUCUCUUCCUCUCGGCCUGGGACACAAGUAUCUAAUCUGCAAGGAAUAUGGAACCAAGAUCUUGCACCUGCUUGGGAGGCUUCUCCUCACCUGAACAUAAAUCUUGAGAUGAAUUAUUGGCCAACACUUCCUUGCAACCUUAGUGAAUGCCAAGAACCACUAUUUGCCUUCAUAGCAUCUCUUGCAGUAAACGGAACAAAAACAGCAAAAGUCAAUUAUCAAGCAGGUGGCUGGGUAACUCAUCAUGUCUCGGACAUAUGGGCAAAAUCAUCUGCGUAUUAUGUAGAUGCUAUGUACGCAUUGUGGCCAAUGGGGGGUGCCUGGCUUUGUACACAUCUUUGGGAACACUACCAGUAUUCGCUGGACAGAGAGUUUUUGGAGAAGACUGCAUAUCCAUUGCUGGAAGGAUGCGCAAUGUUUCUAAUUGAUUGGUUAAUCAAAGGGCCAGGAGGCUAUUUGGAAACAAAUCCAUCUACUUCUCCAGAGCAUCCUUUCAUUGCUCCUGGUAGUGGUGGUCACCUUGCCAGUGUGAGCUGUUCAACGACCAUGGACAUCUCUAUUAUACAGGAUGUUUUCCAAGCUGUCGUUUCAUCCGCUGAGGUUUUGGGAAAAUGUGAUACAGAUCUGGUCGAGAGGAUCAAGAAGGCCCUCCCAAUGCUCCCUCCAAUUAAAAUUGCUCAAGAUCACACGAUCAUGGAAUGGGCACAAGAUUUUGAUGACCCAGAAGUCCAUCAUAGGCAUCUGUCACAUCUGUUUGGGCUUUACCCUGGUCAUACCAUAACCAUGCAGAAAAAUCCUGAGAUUUGCAAUGCUGUUGCCAAUAGCCUCCGCAAACGAGGGGAAGAUGGACCUGGAUGGUCAACCACAUGGAAGAUGGCCCUGUGGGCACGCCUUCUAAAUAGCGAGAACGCAUACAGGAUGAUCCUAAAGUUGAUCACUUUGGUUCCUGCUGGUGGCAAGGUUGACUUUGAGGGAGGAUUGUACACCAAUCUUUGGACAGCACACCCACCGUUCCAGAUCGAUGCAAACUUUGGAUUCACAGCUGCAAUUUGUGAAAUGUUGCUUCAGAGCACCUAUGGCGAUGGUGAACUCUACUUGCUACCGGCGCUCCCACGCGCGAAGUGGCCCAGAGGCAAUGUCAAAGGGUUGAGGGCCCGUGGCAACGUGACUGUGGACAUCAGCUGGGAGAAAGGGGAGCUGCAAGAAGCAACACUGUGGUCACACAAUCCAAGCAGCGUCCUUAGACUGCACUACGGUGGACAAGUCGCUACGGUGACAGUUUCAGAGGGCAAUGUUUACAGCUUCAAUGGGGCUUUACAGUGCGUCGAGACAAUGCCCACUUGGUAAGUGAAAUAGUAGCAAAGAUCCUCUGCAUGUCAAUGUGUACGGUUUGAUCGUUAUUCGUGUGGACAUGAUGGUGUGAAUUCGUGGGUGCAUUGGAAUAAUAUGCUCGUGUA